GUCAGAAUUGCUGGAUUAAUUUCCAAAAAAAAAAUAAUUAAAAGAAAUAAUUAUAAUAACUAAAAAGAAAUUUCCAUUAGGGCCGGAAAGAAUUUUUAUUUUUUAAGGAAUUGUUUUUUAUAACAAAACAUGAAACAAAUAACCUACGAUGUGGUCACAUUAUAUAGGAAGUAUAUAGGUACAGGAGUAUUCAGUUAAAAUUAUUUUGUUUUAUCUAAUUUAUUUUGAGAAGAGUAUGAUAGAACAAUCAAAAAAUAUAUAAUGGUCAAUACCCUUAAAGAUUUUUUUUACAACCUUUAGUAAGAAUCAGACAUAAACUGACAAAAAAAAUUAAAUAUUCUCCUGAUUAAAGCGCAAUAUUUUACUGAUCGCUUUUACCAGUUUUCUGAUCACAAUAUAUCUGGUCAAAAUAAAGUCAACUUUUGAGAUCAACGGGUCAAUUUGUAACGAAGAUCAUUUGUUUCCAAAAAAAAAUUAAAUAAUUAUUUUAUUCAGGCAUGGAAAACGUGUAUGAAGAUAAUUCGGACAAUCUCUAUGAUUUCUUGCAUGAUAUACGUGAAGUUCUUCAAGAACCUGCAUUAAUUUCUCAAGAUGAAUUGAGACGUUUGUUGAAGAUUUGUGAUUCACUCAUUGCACGACUUCCUGUCAAUGACAAUGCCUAUAUUGAGAUGCGGUCUACGGUACAGGAAAUAAAUCAGGAAUGUCCAUUCAAAGGUCUUCCAGUAGCUCACUUGGCGUUACGCUCUUGUCAUCAAGUGGGGCAUCUUCAACGGGCUGAACGAAGGGGAUUCUUCGACUUAUCCUUUAACAUUCGUUGCACUGGAAAAUACUUUGGAGGUUUUCUAGAUGGGUGGUUGUUACUUUACAGUUCACCUUUAGGUGAACUUCGUCCGCAUUUGACGAUACGUGUGAUGCGAGCGUGGGAUUGUGCAGAUGAGGAUUUCAAAUGGCCUGAUCGUGUUUUAGGCGUUGAAGAUUUUAAUGGUUCCCCUUUCUUUUUCCAGACUCUUUCACAAAAAGAAAAGUAUUCCUGGCUACUAGCACUCAUGGGGCGUACUAGUGAAGAAGCUCCAGCUGUAACUGAUGAAGAUGGUAUUUACGUGGAACCCAAUGAAGUAAACACUCUAAUAAGUCGUGAAGAAAUAAAUAGAUCAUUUAAUUAUGACACUCCACACACUCCACCACGUCGAGUGAUGGAAUCAGAGAAUUUUAAGAAUAAAUAUGCGGAUAUUAAGUCCCGGAUUGCCGCGCAGCUUCUUCUUCACUCUCCAUUGUCAGUCACAAAAUCAGCCAUAGCGGCAGCUCCAACUCAAGAGUCAUCCUCAAGCAAGUGGUGGUUUCGGAAGCGCAAGAAAACGAAUAGCAAAAACAGUUCAACAGAAUUGGUCAAUAUCACAAAAAAUCAAAUCAAAGACGAUCCAACGUACGAUACUAUUGAUAACAGAAAUAAUCCUUUAGUAUAGAUAUACAUUCAUAUAGAUUUGGAAACAAUUCGUCAUCACAAAAAAAACUAAACUGGCUCUCGUCAUAACUUUCGAUUAACGGUAUUUUGUCCAUUGAAAAGGUCCAUAGCCUUGACAUGAUCACAAAUUAUAAAUCUUUAUUGUACGUUUCAUUACAUUGUAAUGAAAGGAACUCCAAGUACAAUAUGUAUACCUAAUGAUUCCAAAUUUUUUUCUUAUUCAAAGCGUUCAAAACCGAAUAUAUUAUCCUGCAUACCUACAUGUACAUUUUACAAAAGGCAAGUGCUCAAAAUAAAUCAUAUCUGGGUUAAAUUUGUAAAUUUAAUAUAACUGGAAGUUUGUUGAAAGAAUAUAAGGAAUUUAAUGCACGUAAAUGUAGAUUGCAUAUCCUUACCUAUCAAUCAAAAAAUAUAAUUGAGCAAUUUUCUUUAAGUUUCGAUUUUUCUCGUUUUUUAUGAACCUGAGAUUUCAAUUGAGAAAAUUGAUCAAUUCCUUUUAGUUUUUAAUAAAAUGUUGCUCAGACUGCAUUUGUUAGGACUAUUGCGAGAAAUUUUCCUUUUGCAUCAUUUAAAAUCAAGCGUUAUAUUUUGCUGUUCCACGCAAAAUUGCGUGAAUAUUGCAAAAUUGUUACAAGAGGAAAAACUAUUGACUUCUGCAUUUAAUUUGAAUUCAACGAAAGAUUUUGCUUUGAUACAAAAAUCCCUUUCGCAUAAUAUAGCCCGAAUUGGUGUAAUUAUUGAUUUGGAUUGUAAAAGAAGCCUUGAAAUGCUUCGUCGAUUUUCUGAAACAAAUAAAUUUAACGAGACUUUUA